ACCGUCGUGGUCGUCAUCCCAAUCGGCAUCGGGCACUACCAACACGCCAGCACCACGAACACUGCCAACCUGAGGACAUUAGCGCCGCGGGGAGAAUUGGUGCGAGCGGUGCGAUCGGUGCGAGCGGUGCGAGCGGUGCGAGCCACCCAUCGGACGAUCGCGGAGACCAAGAAGACAGAGGCGCAAGCAUUAUCAUCAGAGCCCAGCAGCAUCGUACUUGGCACUGGUCACGUAUGUAGAAUGGCGAACGUACGCCAGCGCCUGUCUUCUGCUCGACUGCCGUCCGAACGCAAUAGAUAGUUCGUGAUAUCUGCUUCGUAAUUUCAUAGAUGACACGCCACAUUAGUAAAGGUAUGAUCGUGCACCUAUGUGAGAGUUCUAGUUUUCAAACGGUGAAUACAGUGAAUACAGUGAAUAGAGUGAAAUAGUGAAAUAGUGAAUUACGAAAUAAUUAUAUAGUGAAUUAAUUCGACUCCGGAUAAUUACUGGAGAAUAUAGUAAAAGCGCAAAGAAAGGAGAAGGAAAAAAAGGGAAGAUGCGAGCUUGCUUCCGGAGCUGAAGCCGUCGCGCAGACUUGCCAAGUCGGAAGCUCCGCGCCCGAGGGCUAUUGACAAAAAGUAAGGAAUACAACACAACCCCGCCGCCUCCUCGUACGUUGCCUUCUCGACCUGCGUUGCUCUCGACCCGCGAAACGCGGGACGCGCAGAUUUUUCGACAAAACAGAAUUCAAAAGAGUCCGGGAAAAGCGUGAGAAAGGGCAGGGAAGAAGCCGGAAGAGAAGAGAAGAAGAGCAAGAAUUUUUUGGAAUAUACCAAGUAGAGAGAGAGAAAGAGAGAGAGAGAGAGAGAGAGAGAGAGAGAGAGAGAGAGAGAGAGAGAGAGAGAGAGAGUGACGAGUAGGGAGAUAUAGAAGGUGUGCGUGUGCGUGUGCGUCUGCCUGCGUGUACGUUUGUACGAGUGCGCGGGUGCGAGAGCUAGAGAGCUAGAGAGAGAGAGAGAGACAGUCGUGCGCGAAGGACAAGAAUAACGAAAAGAGGAGCGAAGAGGAGAGGAGAGGAGAGGUUAAAAGUAAAAAUGAUGUUGUCGAGAAUCAUUUCGGCCGUCCUACCACUACGGGCAAUUGCGUUCUUCACGAUCUUCACGAUCUUGACGAUCUUCACGCUAGAGGAUUUAGUCGCUGCAGACAGCACAGCCGAUUCCACGACUCGUCCACCCCCGUGUGUUAGCGACGUGUAUUGCCAUGGGGAGCUGCUGCACACGAUACAGAUGGCCUCGAUCUACACCGACUCGAAGACCUUCGUCGACAUGAAGAUGAAGAAUCCGCCGAACGAGACGCUGUCCCUCUUUCGGGAAUUCAUGCGACUAACGAACAACACGCCGACCCAGGCGGACGUGCGCGCCUUCGUCAACGAAACCUUCGACCCGGCCGGCUCGGAGUUCGAGGACUGGGAGCCGGCUGACUGGAAGACUCAUCCGCAGUUUCUUCAAAGGAUCCACGACCCCGAGCUCAGAAAGUUCGCUUCGGAUCUGAAUCAGAUCUGGAAGCUCCUCGGGCGAAAGAUGAAGGACGACGUUCUUCUGAACGAGGAGCUCUACUCGAUCAUCUACGUGCCGAAUCCGGUUAUCGUACCGGGCGGUCGUUUCCGGGAGUUCUACUACUGGGACUCCUACUGGAUCAUCAAGGGGCUGCUACUCUCGGAAAUGAAACUGACCGUCAAAGGCAUGCUAUCGAACUUCGUUUCGAUCGUCAAAAAGAUCGGCUAUAUUCCGAACGGCGGUCGCAUCUACUACACGAUGAGGUCGCAUCCGCCGCUGCUGAUUCCCAUGGUCGAGGAGUACUUGAAGGCAACCGAUGACGUCAAGUGGCUCAGGGAGAACCUCUGGCUCCUCGAGAAGGAGUUUGACUUUUGGAUGACCAAUCGGACCGUCGAUAUCGAAAAGGACGGGGUCAACUACACCCUGGUUCGCUACUACGAAGAGUCCACUGGACCCAGACCCGAAUCCUACAGAGAGGAUUACCUCACGAGCCAGAGCUUUCGCACGAGCGAGGAAAAGGACAAUUAUUAUACCGAGCUGAAGACUGCCGCAGAAUCCGGCUGGGACUUUUCCAGCCGCUGGUUCAUUCUGGACGGCACCAACAAAGGCAACCUGACCAACCUCAAGACCAGGUACAUCGUGCCGGUGGAUCUGAACGCGAUAAUCUAUCGCAACGCGCGGCUUCUCGGCGAGUUCAACGAGAAGCUGGGAAAUUCAACUAAGGCGGCCGAAUACUUCAAACGGGCCGAGCAAUGGCAGGAAGCGGUUACGGCCAUUCUGUGGCACGACGAGGUCGGCGCCUGGCUCGACUACGAUUUACUGAACGAGAUCAAAAGGGACUACUUCUACCCGACAAACAUUCUGCCUCUUUGGACGGGCUGCUACGAUACGGGAAAGCGCGAGGAACACGUCAUGAAGGUCCUCAAGUAUCUCGAGAAGAGUCAGAUAAUGAUUAAUCUCGGCGGGAUACCUACGACUCUCGAACACUCUGGAGAGCAAUGGGAUUAUCCAAAUGCCUGGCCGCCUCUGCAAUACUUUGUCAUUAUGGCUCUAGAUCGGACCGAGGACCCGUGGGCCCAGAGGCUGGCUUACGAGAUCAGUCAAAGAUGGGUGCGCAGCAACUACAAGGCUUUCAACGAGACCCACAGCAUGUUCGAGAAGUACGACGCCACAGUGUGCGGGGGUUACGGCGGUGGUGGCGAGUACGAGGUUCAGCUGGGAUUCGGCUGGUCAAACGGUGUUGUCAUGGACUUGCUCAAUAAGUAUGCCGACAGACUCACUGCCGAGGAUCACUUUGUCCAGGAGGAUUACGUCAAGAGUGCCGCUCAACAUCAGCAACUCGUCAUCUCCACAGCAGGGCAACUCAUGACAGGAGUUCUCGCUCUCAUCAUAUCCCUCGCAGCAGGAUUCAUAGGGAUGGUGAUGUACAAAAGGCGUCACUAUUACGUGCCUGGACCAUCGACCAUGCCGAAUAAACGGAAAUCGGGAACGGAAGGAAGCCUCUACCGGAAACGGAUAGCCUAUACCGAGCUGAAGGACAUGAACAACGAUUGACAUUCGCCCAAGUCUUAGCAGAAGUUGCUGAUAACGAAUUGGCAGGAUAAUUAUUUCGGAGGAGUUGGCAAGAGCCAUUAUCGUUACUUUGAUAAUCGUCCGAAGGAGCUUUGACGCGGGGAGACGACGACGUCGCGGUUGGGCGAUGAGGGACAAGAGGAAGUUGGUGCCCAGGUCACGCCGUCCUCGGCGCGAUCGAAGCUUCGCUUUUUGGAGAAGUUCGCUCGGAUAGCCGUUGCCAUCGUCAUCAGCAUCCUCAUCACUAUGUUAUCGCGAUCGAAGCGCCUUCUGGCACUUUUCUCGGGCCGCACCUACUACGAAACUCAUGUGCUCACCCUCAACUUUAUUUAUUCUUUUUUUUAAAUAAUUUAUUGCAAAGCUCGACAAGCGAAUGCGAUGCGUUAUGUUUCUCUUUGUCUAGUUCAUUAUUUUGACGUCGACUAAACGGGACUGACUAGCUUUUCGUUUGUUAUUUCGUCACCGGGCCGAAUUGUAGAACAUUAAUUUUGGCCUCGUCGUGAAAUGAGCGCAGUGUAAACGUGAAAACCCAGUAGUAUUCUCUCGAGUGCUUUGCUCUUUGGUCUCAUGGGGGCGAAAGGAAUUUUGGGUGCCCUUAGGAUGCCCCAUUAUUCCUUAAUAUUAUGGACACACGCGCAUGCUGUCAUAUUCAGCCUCUUCGAGCCUUUACUUUAUUACUCUGAAAUGACAAUUAGCCCAGUUCGGUCCGACGGAGCUAAUUCUUCGUCCAAGAUACUUUUGUAUUUCGUAUCCACCCAUUUUCAUGUGCCACUUCGUGUUCGACGUUGCCAUUCUGCGAUCGUGCUCGCGUUAACGGCCAAAGACCAUGGCUCUGCGACAGCGUCCUCAAGGUCAGACCUACGAUUUUCAUUGGCUGCGAUCAGAUGAUACUACAGCGCCUCUUCAGGGCCGGCCUUACGGGACUUUUGUUUUGACGGCUAAGUGGGCGCAGUGGGCGUUAGAGGGCACGGGAGAUACGCAGGGAACCAGCAUAGAAGUUCAUACAGGAAGAGGGGAUUGAAAUUCCGUACACUAGCUCGUUUCAAAAAUCAGAAAUAAAAUACACGGGAGUCUGGCUUUUCUUACCAAUGUCUCCUCGAUGUGGUUUCCCUUUUUAUCCGGGUACCCCAGAGAAUGUUUUCAUGAAAUUUCAAACUUUUUAUAUUGCUGUAUUCUCGUUUUCCCGGCCUUCUUUCUUUCCUCUUCAUCUCAUCAUCUCAGAUCACACGAGACGCUCUGUCGCAACGGAAGAACCGUUCGUAGAAGUUUUGGCAAAUCGUCGUUACAUAUUUUUAGAGAAUUUGUUAUCACAGCAGCCGUAUCCUCCUUAGCACUAUGUGCAAUUGUACAUAAAUAUAUAUAUAUACAUACGUGUGACUUAGAGAGACGGCAGGAAGCACAUAUAAAUUAGUUAGUAAUUAACGAAUACAUUAUAAUGUAAUAUCGUACCGUCAAUACUGUAGAUAGAUAUAAUAUAAAGAUAAUCGAACGAUAUCUGUCUGAUAUUUGUCUAAUCAAACUCGUAGAAAAAUCGAGUCGCAGCUGAAUACGUAAACGAACGAUUGGCUGUACGAACUCCAGUUUUAAUAUAUGGUACUAUCCUAUAGGAGGUGUAUACAUGCACACGCACGUGGUUAAUUGCCGCGCUCGAGCCACAAGGUGUUCCUGAGUGCACGAACUAUUUUAUAUUAGUGAUUGUCACUUGAAGACAAGUGGAUCUCACUAAAAAGACCGAGAUACUGUGAUACUUGGAAAUAUACGUGAGAGAAUAUUGAGA